GUGGGCAGCUCCUCCCCUAGCAGCUAUAAUAAACAGUCCCAGAUAAAGACCACCAGCUCUUAUGAGACUAAUGGACUCCAUGGAGAGUGUAGUAGGAUCUACUAGUGGAGCACUGUCUCGACUGUGGAGCUCUGAUACUGACAAGGACAAGACCUGUGAAUCAUGGGGACUGAGUAAGAAGGAGCGCAUUAUUGGAUUCUUCACUACUCUCAUACUGGGACUCCUGUGUUUCAUUAUGGCUAUAGCACUCUCUCCAAUGCUGGUACUGAGAGCACGCAAGUUUGCCAUCCUCUUCACACUAGGCAGUGUCUGCAGUCUGGGCAGUUUCUCAUUUCUGUGGGGUCCCUGGGAGCAUGUGAAGCAUCUUCUCUCAGUGUCCAGACUUCCCUUCACCAUCUCCUACCUGACCACCAUUGCCCUCACUCUCUACUGUGCUCUGGGACUCCACAACACCUUAUUCACUCUGAUAUGUGCAGUGGCCCAGCUACUAGCUCUGAUAUGGUUCCUCGUGAGCUACCUUCCUGGUGGAGUGACUGGACUAUCCUUCAUGAGUAAACUAUUCUCCAGACUCUGCAUGUCCACUGUGUCCAAUGCUAUGAGUGUUUGACUGUUUUCAUUACGUACAUGUUUCAUUGUCAAUAUUAAUAACAUCUUGUUUAAUAAUGAAUUUUUAAUAAUGAA